GUGAAGCAAUCCUUUCUUUAAAUCAAACCCAAUUUUCUCAAUCCUCCAGGAAUCAAAAUCUUCUCCAAGUGAUUUGAGGGAGGAGGUCAUUGAUUCUUGCUCCAUAUUGAGAAAGAGAAGGAAGAAAGAUGAAGAACAAUAACGGUAAUACCAAGUUCAUUCUUCUCCAUCCUUAUAUUCAGAAACAGGGGAGCUCCAAUCGGUUAUGGCUUCUGGCUUUUGUUUCGUUCUUCACAAUUGCUUUUCUUGUUACCCUUAUAUAUACAAGGGACUCGUUGUCGGCUAAAACGACCGUCAUUACGGCAACCGUGGCUGGCCUUGAUUCGUCGGUCGGGAGUGCGCCGCUGCCGAUGACUGUCAUCAAUACCCUGCUCCACUACGCUUCGAAGUCCAACGACAGUUACCACAUGGCUUACUCCGAGAUAAAGCAGAUUUCUGAUGUUUUAAGAAAAUGUUCUUCCCCUUGCAAUUUCCUUGUUUUCGGGCUGACGCCGGAGACCCUUCUCUGGAAAGCACUGAACUACAAUGGCCGCACGGUGUUCAUUGACGAGAACCGCUACUACGCCGCGUAUUUCGAGCAAUUGCAUCCGGAAAUCGACGCGUACGAUGUGCAGUACACGACGAAGAUGAAGGAAACGAAAGAGCUCGUCGCGGCCACCAAGGAACAAAUCCAAAACGAGUGCCGGCCGGUACAGAACCUUCUCUUCUCGGAAUGCAAGCUCGGACUCAACGAUUUGCCCAACCACGUGUACGAAGUCGAUUGGAAUGUAAUUUUGAUCGACGGACCGCGCGGUGACGGCCCCGAAUCCCCAGGACGGAUGUCGCCGAUCUUCACCUCCGGAGUGCUGGCACGGAGCAAGAAGGGUGGGAAUCCAAAGACCCAUAUCUUCGUCCACGAUUACUACCGAGAAGUGGAGAAGAUAUGUGGGGACGAAUUCUUGUGCAGAGAGAAUUUGGUCGAACGCAACGGCACACUUGCCCAUUUCAUUGUGGAAAAAAUGGAGGAAAACAGCUUCCAGUACUGCCGGAACAAAACAUCAUCAUCACCUUCUUCAUCAGAAGCUUCUUCUUCUUAGAAAAAUCUUCAUCUUCUUGGCAUCAAGGAAAGUAAUUAGGAGGGAUAAAUUGGUAUGAAAUCUGGGUAUUUAUAAUGAUUAUUGAUCAAUUCGCUUGGUAGGGUGUGUAAAAAUAAAUUUUUGUUCUUCCAUUUUGGCAAUGGAAAAUAUAAGUUCGUUGAAGAUUUUAACAGAAGUUUUUAUUUUCUCAAUUUUGGUUUUUCUUCUUCUCUUCUUCUUCCUCUUAUUCUGAUUUUUCUUCCUUUUGAAGUUGUUUAGG